AUGGCUUCUUACCAAGAAACCACGGCUAACACCCAACCAAUGCCUACCAUUCUUUUCUCCGACCUUACACCCCCCUACUCAGACCAGGCUUGGGGUUUUCCGUCCGCUGCGGCGCAACCCCCACCAACCGCACUCAACACGCCGACACGCUGUUCCUGUCUUGGUGAACUCCUCCAGCUUGCCCAGCAGCUCGAAGACGAUGAGUUCCAUGUCACGAGUUUACCGUUGGAUGAGGUACUACACCUGAAAAAAGGGCUUAUUUCACAAUGCACCCAGUCAAUAGAUUGUACAUCGUGUCUUGACCCGAUGGCCGUACAUACUGUGCGACUAAUGGUAUGUGAGCAUUUGACGGAGAUAUUCGAAGGAGUCUACGGACGAAUUCUGUCUGCGGGGGCUGUCUCAGCUGUCCACUACCUUCGACCUGGUACGCACCAACCAAUACGGUCGUCGGUGUCGGUUCCGUCGCCAACGCCUACUCCAUCACCACCAUGUCUCUCACCACCCUCCCCUCCCUUGAUGGUCCCUUAUCGGCAAAACAGCCCCAGCCUCAAGGUUUAUUCCUCAACCCAACACGCACCACCCACACCACCGCAAAUGUAUUACCCAUCCUCAAACACAACCAACAUCAACACCGGUGCCAUCGCAGCACUCAACAACCCCAACACCUUCCUCCUCUCCGCAUCCUUCCGCGAACGUUACUCCCCGGAGGAACAAAUCCACGUAAUCCGCGUGCUACUCCGGCUGCAAGCCCGCGAUUUCCGUGCGUUGCUGGCUAGGCUGGUGGAAGUUUAUUCGUGGAUGGAUGAAGAUAUGGUUGGCGGUGCGGAGAAGAAUGGUCGCCGAGGGCAGGCCCCGGCGACGGGUACGGGAAGACAAGGGCGAGGUGCACGGUUGGUGGCGAGGGUGCGGGGGAUGGGAGAACGGUUGAGGAGGGCUGAGGAGGGUGUUACGGGGGAGUGA